AUGUGGUUGGAUGGUCAGGAUGAGGCGAAGGUGAUUCCAGAGGUAUCAGGGCCAGUGGAAUGGCAGAUCAGUACUUGGGCUGGCACUCCAGUUCAGUGCUUCGCAACCGUCACGACCUUCGAAAUGAAGAAGCGUCCAGUCGUCCUCCCCUCGAUUGCAAGGAAACCCGGAAGCAGCUUCGUACGUGCUCAUCCUCCCAAGACGUCGGAGGCGAUGAGGUUGGCAUUCGCGUGCUGCUCUUGCACUGCGGCGGUCGAUCCGCGCUUCAGCGAAGAUGUGGGGUCUUUCGUGGUCGUGUGGGUUCCACGAGAGGAAGCAAAGGUCACACUCGGGAGACAGAUUCCUCGGCUUCAGAUUCUCAUCCGAAGACGUUUGGAGAUGAAGAACUUGCAAUUCCUGAGAAGAGUCAGCCUCCGGGUCCACGGCGUCGUGGGAGAUCUUUUCUUCAAGCUCGGCUGCCUAUUGGCGCACAGACCGUGGACGUUCAUCCUCGCCACUGUCAUCUUUUCGUCGUGCCUCAUUUCGGGGAUCCUUCACUGGCGAGAGGAGGAAGGAGGAACCGUGAAAGCCUGGUUCGCCCCGGGGACUCCUCUCUAUCGAACUGAUCGGUGGAUCAAGAAAAACUUCCCGAACUUAGUUCGGUACGAAACAAUUAUCCUUUCUGGGCCUAAUAUCCUCAUUCCGGAAUACUUCAAAUAUAUGGGGACCCUGGACAAGAAAAUUCGAUCCUUGGUAUCCAAUGGAUAUGCCUGGGAGGACGUCUGUGCGAGGCCAGAGGAAUUCUUAGAGGGAUACAAAAAGGAGGAAAGAAGGCGAAGAGAUACCGAAGCUCAAAGUCUUUGGCAUGCAGAGGACCGACGUCUCGACCCAGUCCAUGGGGAAAAUAGCGCUCUUGACGAUGUAGUGCCGACUACAGAAUCAACAAGCAGGCAAUCACAAAAGACAGCAGCAGAAAUGGGCAGUGAUUCUACUGGUACCAUGGAACCGGAAUCGUCACUACUACCAAUAUUGAUAUCAUCCUUGACAGCAGAGAAUCUUGAAACAACGAAAGAAAAUGAAACGACGACGACACCUACAACAGUGACAACAACAGCAAGGAUCAGUCAAGCCGAAGUUGAUCGAGAAGGCGAUUCUAAAGAACUCUUGCAGUACGACGAUUACAAUUACGGCUGGAAGGAGGAUUCGGACGCAUUGGAGGUCUUCGGAAGUGAGAAGGAAGAAAGAACUCUGUACGAUGAUAGAUGCAUCUAUUCCAGCACCCUUCAACUGUGGGCGGAAGAUUUCGACUUCAGCACUAUCACAACGGUGGAGAUCCUGGACAAAGUUACUCGAGCCCUCGACGACGAGUCACGGAAUGACGUGAAGGGGAUGUUUUCUGAGGUGGAGAGAGACGAAAGCGGAAGAGUCGUGGGUGCAGCGGCCGUCAUGUUCGUCUACAUCCUGAAGGACCGAGCGAAUGCCACCAACAGAAAGGGUCAACCGGUCGAUCUGAUCGCAGAGCCGUGGGAGGAGAAAUUCCUCGAAUUGAUGUUCCACAACGGCCUCCCCAAACCUCCAGGCUUGAAGACUUAUGCCAAUGCAGAACGCAGUUUCAAUGGCAUGGGCGAGGCGAUGUGGAGAGAGAUACUUCUUUUCUACCAGGUCUACCUGGGCCUGACCGUGGUGCUGUGCAUCGGACUGACGAUCGUGAGUGCGGCUGGGCUGUGCCUCUACAUUGGGUACAUCCCGACAGAGAUUCACAAUCUGAUGCCUUUCCUCAUCCUCGGAAUCGGCAUCGACGACUCGCUCGUCAUCAUCUAG